AUGAGUUCAAUGGGAAUUAAUCAGAGUGAGCUUAAAGAUGGCCACAUCAGCUUCGAUCUCAUCCAAAACCGGAUCGAAUCUUUGAGCACCAAGAUGGACACGCUCAUCAACAUCCAGGAGAAGGUUCUGAACAGGCUGGACAGCAUGGAGAGCUCAGAGAAGGCAGAGGAGGAAAACAGUUCUGGACCCAAAAUGAUGGAGCAACUGAUGGGGCGAGAGGUGAGGGAUAUCUGCCAGGAGCUGAGCACCAUUGUGUCCGUGGUGAAUCAGCGCUCGGAGCAGCAGGCUCAGAAGCUGGAGGGCAUGGAGAAGCUGGUGCUGAACAUGCAGCAGGUCAUCAGCUUCAUCGGGGAAACCGUCAAGAGUUCCAGGGUCAUGCAACUGAUGCUCAAAGGACCAGCCACUCGCAAAGGACCCAAACUCAAAGACAGUAAAGCCAAGGUGCUCAAGAAGAAAACCUCGACCGAAGCUGUCACAAAAAAGGCUGACGCCAAGAAAACUACCUCUAUUAAAGCAAGUAAAGGGACUGAGGACAUAAGUGCUAAAUGUGAGCGCAGCGGUGCACAGGCCUCACAGAAGACAAAGCUCCAUGGACCAAAGCAUUUCCUCGCCUCACGCAAAUGUGGAUUCUUUCUAAAAGAUCACAAAAACAAAGAAGGGACAGAGAAACCAUCGCUGACACCCAAAAGCCCCAAAACACAGAAGAAAACCAAUGAUCAGACUUGCUUACUAAUAUCAUUGUGUUUUUGCCUUGUCUCAGACAUUUCCUUAAAGAAGCAGGCUCUGUUGUUAGAAGAAGUGCAGAAACUGAAUCGAGAGAACAAUGAAAAGUCGAGUACACAGCCACUCUCUGAAAGCCCAGGCCCAGCAGUAGAUGAUGUCACCACUGUGGUCUACUAUCUCCCUGAUGACUCAAAACUGAAGCCAGAGCCAGAGGAGAGACCAGAGGAGAGACCAGAGGAGAGACCAGAGGAGAGGCCAGAGGAGAGACCAGAGGAGAGACCAGAGGAGAGGCCAGAGGAGAGGCCAGCUGAGCAUAAUGAGAAGGCUGUGCAGGAGAGGGGGGAGGAGGGAGGGUCUAAGGAGCAGGAGGCCAGUCAAGUGUGUGCUGAAGAACAACCAUCUACCAGCUCCACACACGACACAAGUUUGCCACAGCCCAGAGAACCUGAAUCAGACCAGAAGACCUCCACAGAGGAGCAAAUGUCAACAGAGGACGCAGAAAUUCAGCAGGAGGAGAGAGAGGAGAGACAUGAGCACAACAUGGCAACUGAGGGCUGGGCUGUGUUCAAGGCGGACGGGGUAGAGAUCACUAUGGACCUGAAGCAGAGAGUGGAGGAGGAGAGGCGCUGCUUCAGUCAUCUCGAAAAACAGUGCGUGCCGGAUGAGCACGCUGAGAGAUUCUUUAUUGACACGACUCCUCCUCCUGCUGCUCCAUUCAACCACCGUGUUGUAUCGGCCAAGCCCAACAAGAUCAGCAACUUCUACACCAUCAACUGGCAGGAAGAGCUGGGCGGGGGUCGCUUCGGGCAGGUGCACAAAUGUGUCGAAAACUCCUCCGGACUCACUCUGGCGGCGAAGGUCAUCAAAGCCAGGAGCAUGAAAGAAAAGGAGGUGGUGAAGAAUGAAAUCCAGGUCAUGAAUAAUCUGGACCAUGCCAACCUCAUCCAGCUCUAUGCAGCUUAUGAGUCAAGGAAUGACAUCAUCCUAGUACUUGAAUAUGUUGGUGGAGGAGAGCUGUUUGACAGGAUCAUUGAUGAGAACUAUAAACUGACAGAGUUGGACGCAGUGGUCUUCAUCAGACAGAUCUGUGAGGGUCUGCAGCACAUGCACAAGAUGUACGUCCUGCAUCUGGAUCUAAAGCCAGAGAACAUCUUGUGUGUCAGCAGAGUGACAAAUAAAGUCAAAAUCAUUGACUUUGGACUGGCGAGGAUAUAUAAACCAAGGGAAAAGUUACAAGUGAACUUUGGCACUCCAGAGUUUCUGGCUCCAGAAGUGAUCAACUACGACUUUGUGUCAUUCAAUACGGACAUGUGGAGCCUUGGCGUCAUCACCUACAUGCUUCUGAGCGGCCUCUGCCCCUUCCUGGGAGACACAGAUAAUGAGACUCUGAACAACAUCCUGGCCUGUCAGUGGAGCUUUGAGGAGCAGGAGUUUGCAGACACGUCACCACAAGCAAAAGACUUCAUCUCCAGACUGCUCAUUGUCAACAAGAGUUGGAGAAUGUCGGCAGGCGAAUCUUUGAGACAUCCCUGGCUAUCUGACCCGGUGCUCCACCAUGAUCUUAAUACAAAGAAAAAAAUGUGCAGAUCGCGGCGGGCGUCUUGUGUGCCUGAUUCAAAUAGCUGAGAACUUGACACUGGUGUGAACCAUACUGUGGCUGCUUGGACCAACCCUCCUGUCCACGUUAUUACCCAGAAUUCAAUCUGUGCAUCUGUGACAUGUGCUAAUACCAUUUAACAUGUACGCUUAUAUAGAAUGAAUGUUUUAUUUGUAAAUCUUUAAUUGCCGACCCCUAGCUCAUGCUCCCCUAUCACACAUUAGAUUUGAUCACCCACUGUAAAUGGCUUUUGUGUGUGGUCUUACAUUUUACUUUGCACGCUACUAUUCAUUUUAUAAUAAUACGCUUGCAUAAAUCUCCAAGUAUGUACUCCCUAUGGGCUGUUCAUUUGCUCUAAGAUAACUCUGAAGCCAGAAGAAAGCUAAAAAGUGGUGAGAAUUGUAACAAGAUAAAGCGAUUGUCUGAUAACCCACGUGAAGGUCUGUUGUAAAAGUACUGUACGCGUCAUCCUUCUUCAUGUGUAUGGAAAGAAUACAAUUAUAUUUAUGUGGUUGGUGUCAAGUGUAGCAUGUGCACUUUAUAUUGAUUCUGUAAUGAAUGUAGUUCAGCUACUGUAGUCCUGCUUUGUCCUCAAGUACAAGUACAUUCUCAAAAACAUGUCUUAUCACAGAUACCUACUAGCUGCAUGUUUAAUGAAAUGUGACACCGUAUUCACUUUUAUAAUUUUUGUAAACCUGUACUGUAUGCUCCAUUAGGAUUUAAGUUUGAUUAUUUAUGUUCCUGUAGAAGCUGUUUCCACGAACGUUGAAGUGCCUUCUGUGAAGGUCUCGAAGUACUCCACUACCUAUAGCCUGUCUGAUAUACUAUACUAAU